CAUACCGGCGGCGGCGGCUGGGCGGUCGCCGCCCACUGAAAAAUCAGUCUCGACGUCUACUCCGCGCGGUCCGCCCGCCGUUUACCGCGACCAAACUUACUAACCCCUAUCAGAACUAACCCCCAUAAAGUAUUACGAUAAAACAAGGUGCGCGUAUAAAGCCCUGUUACAUUUUCUUUUUUUUUGCGGGAAACGGCGUCACGCUUAUAUUUGUGUUCCGAAUUCAAAAUUUGUGUUUCGGUGUUGAUUAAGGGUGAAUAUAUUUUCGGAGGAUUGAAGGAUCUAACCAGGAUUCUUGUUGCGUGAGGAAUUGGCCAAUCUACCCUACAACACGAAACCACAACGAAUCGAACGCUAAGCGAAAUAUACCGUAUAUGAUACGAGGCCAAAGACCGCAGACGAUCGGGACGGGACACUCCCGAACUGAGAAACGAGUACGGUGACGUCACAACAUGGCGUCCACCGACACAUCGACCGCCAGCAGCCAAAUAUCCGUCGCCCCUGAGGAUCACAAGCGAACCGUCGACGACGCCUUCCUUAACAGGCUGAAGAGUCUCGUCGACAGGUUGAGGCUUGAGAAUGCGACCCUGAAGAAGUCGCUCGAUGUCGAGCGGAGCGAGAUCAGAGCGAUGAAGGCACUACAUGAUAGUGCUCUGAGGAACAUCAAGACUGAACAAAAGAAACGAGAAGAGUUCCUAGAGAAGCAACUGAGAACAGUGAACAAAUCCGACAGAUUAGCAGACGACAACCAAUUAGGAAACAGUAGAAUGGUAGAACUAAAGAAAUUGUCGACAGAAAUUCAGUCUUUGAAAUCAGCAAAUAAGGGUCUUCAAGAAAAAUUAAAGGUCGCUCAGGCGGCGGAGUGCGCGAGAGCUGCCGAGCUGCGCGCGCAAGUCGCGAAGCACGCAGCGCUCGAGCAAGCGGCCAGGAGGGACGCGCGCGCACAGUGCCAUAAGCUGCUGGAGGAAAUAAAAUCGAAGGAGCGGGUAAUAAUACAACUGAGAAGGGAGGCGGCGCGAACAGCAGCUCUCCAAAAUGAUCAGACGCAAAGGAUGGAGGGUGGAGCCAAUGAAACAGGCAGGAAACUGCGAGUCGAUCAGGGUAAAGAGAAGAACAACCGCGAAGAUUUAAAAACAGACAUACAACAUCGCAAAGAAACAUUUUACAGGGAGGCUCCAUCGGACGAAGACUCGGCAGUGUCGUCCGCGCCCCCCUCGCUCUCACCACAGCCGCUCAACGAUAUGUGGUCAUGCGGGCAGUGCCGCUCGGCCGCGGAGCGCGCGGCGGCGUCGGCGCGCGAGUGCACGCGACUCGCGGACGCGCUGCGCGACGCUCGCGACCAGAUCGAGCUCAUGGAGUUCCGUCUAUUGGAGCUGGAGGACGCGCAUCCUGAUAAGGGUGCCCGGGACAACCUAACGGAUUCUGAUUCCGGUUGCGUUUCCCCCGGGUCUCGUAUCAAGGACUCCGCGUCCCCAGAGCUCAAACGAAUGGACUCCGGCUACAAAUCCCCGCACGCCCCGAGCAGUCCCUGCAACCCUCGGCGGCAACUGGGAACGCCUCAUGAUGACUUCAAGGAUGACUUCGCUAAGGCACAAGUCCUGGCCGAUAUACUGGACAGGAAUUCAGAAACCAGCGACUCUUUGAAGAGCAACCCAGUGAAGGAUCACCUGGAACAGAUGAUCUUGAACGCGGCUUCCACCGAAGACAGAACUUGCCUUGAACAGGUUCUGAUGUUGCUGUACAACCUUCAAACAUUGAGCAGCUCCGUCAGUGAAGAUGAUUGCUAUCAGGUUAAACCAAGAAGAAUAUGUGAUCUGAAACAGAAAUCCGAAAUCGACAUUCCAUCGCACAAAACCCAAAAGGCAAUCGCAACAGUCACACCGUAUCAACAAAAGGGAUACAAAUGCGAGUCCUUAGAAAGUCUUUGUAGCGACGAGAGGAAACCAAGCAACAUAUUACAAGAGAGCGGAAUCUUCGAAGGUGUUGAAACUGAGACCAAAUGCACUCAGACAGACGUCAACGAUAGUUUUGAAUGUUCAGGUGAACUGAACACCGAAAUACAACGACUGAAUAGUAUAAGAGAGAAACUUGAAAGGCAGGGAGUUAGAAAUAGGACAUUAAAUACUAAGGACGAUGGCGACGGCCUGGAGUGUAGGUGCGUGAAGUUGGGAAAGAAACACAAGCAGUAUUACGAGAGGAGGCUUAAGUUUUUGGAGGGAAAGAUCUCGAUAUAUGAGGCUGCGGAAGACGUAAAACAGGCUAAAUUGGCAGAACGAUUGCAGAAAGAAUUUCAGCUUGAAAAUCGAUUACAGGAUUUAGAAUCGCAGCUGUUAGAACUCCAAGAGAAAUAUGAGAGGCUAGAAGAGGAUUGUUGUGAGUUAGAAGAAAUCGAGAACGACACUCGACUACAUUGGCAGCAGCUUGAAAUGGACUAUGAGCUCUGUUCAGCACAAUUAAGAGAUAUGACGGAGCAAAGGGAAUGUUCGCGGGCGCAAGCCGAAAGGCUUAUGGCUGAACUUAGUAAAAGGGAAUGUUCAUUAAAAGCUAGAGAAAAUGAACUCCUAACGAGGUUAGAUAAAUUAGAGAAGGCAGUACCAGCAUUGAUAGCGUGGAACGUGAUUCGAGCUAUUGGAGCAAAUGUGGGCCCAGCAGAACAGCGAACAUUAAAGUGUCGGAUGAUACCAUACAGUGAUAAUACGAAGACUUUCAUCCAACAAGUGCGGCAAGAAGCUAGUAAGCCAUGCGGAUGUGGCACUCUAGUAGCAUACAACAACAUCAAUACAGAAGAAACACCUUCCGUGAAGCUACUGGAACAGAAAAUUACCAAAUUGAUGGCCGAGAAGAAAGAAAUAGAAUCAAGUUCAGAGAAAAUGAAACAGCGGCUGGAGCAGAAAGUUAAGGUUUUAGAAGAAGAGCUGGAAACAAUUAGGCGGCAGAUGAAGGCUACAGAAUGCGGUGCCGCGGUAAAGAAGCACAUGCUUGAAGAUCAGAUCGUUAAAAUUGAGCAUGAAAUCGAUAAGGAGAAGGAAAAUGAAACGCAACCAGUGGACCCAAUAAUGGGUAGUAAGCUUAAAGCUCUUCUGAUAAGUGAACAAGAAUUGAAGACUAGGAUCGGAGAACUGGAGAGAAGAGAAACUGCGUACUUAGAGAUGCUGACGCAAGCCGAUGAUAUGUGGGCCGAGAUGGAAGGCGGAUAUAAGAAGAAGAUUGAGGAAUCGCAGGUCGCAAAGACGCAGCUUAAGACAAAGGUAAAGAAACUCGAGUCAGAAAGAGAUCACUGGAAGAAAUGCUUCGAGCCAUUGAAGAAGAAGUUGAAGGAAAUAGAAGAAUCAGAGUCAGGAUUACGCAUAGCACUUGAGAAAGCGGAGAGAGACGCUAACGCAUUAAAGACACAGAAUACAAACCUAGUUGCGAUGUUUGGCAAAGCUGAUGCGGAAGCGAAGAAAUCCGAAGCUGCUUUAAAGACUCUCGACGCUAAGUUUAAGAAAGAAGUGGAACAACUGCGGAGGCUCAACAAACAGAUGGACGCAGACUUUAACAGCCAUAAGGAGACAUCAAAGAAAACUGAACUAUGCUACUUGAACGAUCUGGACUGCAUGAAGAAGGAACUGAACAGAGCUUCCAAGAAUAAUCAAGAUUUGGAAGUCACCAACAGCGAAUUGAAGGAGGAAGUCGAAUCUCUGGAAAAGCAGCUAGCUCUAACGCAGAAAGCUUUGACACAGUGCAAGAGAAAGUGCGACGAGAAAAUCAAGACUUUAAGCCACGAAUUGUCGAUAAAAACUGAAGAGCUUGAAGAAAUGAGGAGUGAAUCCAUGAGGCAGUCUUACCACGCGUCUCGUGUUGAAUUGCAACCGGAGAGGACAGAGUAUAUAGAUGAAGGAUAUUCGGUUUAUACGGCGGUGCCGAAGAAAACUGAUUACGGGAGAAUGCACCACAGUAUGAGCUACAUUACAUCCGACGCUCGAUGUUCCUGUCCGUCCAUGAGAAGUCAACUAGUCAGCCAACUGAUCGAGGAUUUGUUCGAUAGAAUACAUAACACAGUAGACGAAGAUCUGACAAGGCUUUGUAAGGAAAUCGCUCCCCCGUCCGGAAGAGAAGUCACCGUUGAAGCCAAAGCGAAAAUCACUAAUUACCUCUUAAUGGCGAUAUCUAAGGAGCUGGUCAGGUCCAUUGGAGACGCCGACGCUAAGACUGAUACCGAGGAGUGGCAGCGCGCCGUGUCAUCCAUGACGUAUUCCGUGGGCGGUUACUCCGGCGGUGACAGUCGCGGCGAGUUCUCGUCGCUGCGGCUGGCGGGCAACGCGGGCGUAUUGCACGGCGCCGCGCGGCUGGCCAGCGUGAGCUGCGCGUGCGCCGCCGCGCGUCUGUGCGCCGCGAUGCCCGACAUAGCGGACAGCGUCAAGCUCUGCCAGGAGGAAGUUUUGGAUCACGGAGAUGUUAAGAUUAUGGAGGAGCAGUUGGCGAAUGCCAUAGAAAGUAUUGUUAAUUGUCCAUCUUGUGCUUUGGGUACAAAUGCGAUAGUUUGGAGCACGGAUGUCUAAAGCAGCCUUACGUGCGAAUUUGUGUUAUAAACCUCCACCGACCUCACUCUGGUGCCUUCAUUAGUUAAGCCAGUUUAUUAUAAACGAACUGUACAUAUGUUUGUAUUAUACAUUUUUAAUAAUACUCUUGAAUAAAAUAAUUAACGUAAGCGAAGCAUUAUCGAACAAAUUGUACCUUCCGCCGAUGCAAACAUUUUGGAAUAAUUUUUCACGUGUUGUAUUUUUUUUCGACGACGUUUUUUGUGCCAAUAAGUGAAAUUGUUUACGAAUUAUGCAUCAUUUAGUUUUGUUUAUUUGUAAAUAUUAAUCAGCGAUUCGAAUUUAAUUUGUAUCUAACAUCACUCACAAGUUAGCGACCUUGUAUCUUUGUCUAUUUUAUUGAAUUGUUUUUACAAAAAAUGGUAAUUUUAAUCGACGAAUUAAAAUGAUUAUUUAAAUUUGAACUUGUUUUAUUUUGACUUAUGAAAUAAAUGAUUUUUAACUCUAGAAUAUAAUGGUACGACUUAAAUACUUAAACGCAAUCGAUGGAAGUACUUAUUAUCGAAUAUUGGUGUUAAAUUUUAGAAGAAUUUUCAUGAUUGAACCCAGUUAACAUUUGUUAACUCCUCAAAAGUACUCAGGAUAGGACAUUAGACGUUCGACUUAUCCGUAACUCUCUAUGUCCAGCAAACUCACCAAUGAAUUCUGGUAUUUCAAAAAUGCCAUUUUACUUUCUUCUUUCCACAAAGGAAAUUAAUUGUGCUCUUCCGCUUAAAAACACUGUGGAAAUGGUUUUGUAUUAUAUACAAAGGUUAUUAGCAUACUUAGCUCUGUUAGGUAAAUCUGUAAUAACACAGAUUAGGGGAGCCCAAGCUGGGCUCAUUUAGGAAUUUACUCAAUCGCGGCAGAAUAACAUAAGGGGGGUUACCUUGCACCUUUUAAAGUACUCCCAACAUACCUGAGCUCUUUAUAUAGGGACAUCGACAAUCUUAUAUGGCUUUGAACGUCUAGAGCAGCAAAAAUUCAACAACCGGUGAACCCUCCAGUAGCUCCUAUUCAAAAGACAAAGAUUUGGACACAACAAAAAGUCAUGGCCGAUUGAUGAAAAUUUUUUUGCUGUCUUAGAUGUUUGACCCUUCAAAAAGUACUUCACAAGUGCAAGGCUCAGAUCCUUAUGUUAUUCUCCCGCGCUCGAGUAAUUCUCAAAAUCCCAGCUUGGUGUCUCCUACUACAAGCAACAACUAUUAUUCAUAAUUUUCCUGAUUAAAACUGCGAAAAUCUUCGUAAAUAUUGCUGGAAAUACUUAUUUCCUGAGGGUACUAUUUCUAUUAAAAAGUUUUUAUUUUAAUUAUUCGAGAGCAAAGAAG